AUGCCAAAAAGCAGCCGCGUUGGUUGAUCUCUUGCUCUUCGCGUGGAGUAUCUGUCACUUACAAGUCUGACUGUGGCGUAAGUAAAUCCACAAAACACUGAAAUCAAAUCAAAGCAAGAGCAAAAGCAGAACAGAGGAAAAUGUCGAGAAAAGUGGUGGCGACUCAGCUGCAAACCCUAAACCAAUGGCGAUCCGCCCUAAAACCGAAUCGAUCCGUUCCUGCUCGAUUUCUUACUUCUGCGCCGUCACCCUCCUCUUCCUCAUCCUCCCCUACGACACCGUUCCGGUCCUCCGCCCCCUCCCACCAUGCCAUUUCCGAUUCCGAAAAUUUUCUAUCGAGGGGAAUGAAGAAGGUUGAUGAUAUAAUGCCGAUUGCCACUGGACACGAGCGUGAGGAACUUGCGGCUGAGCUUGAGGGAAAGAACAUUCUGGAGAUUAAUUAUCCGGUUGGGCCUUUUGGUACCAAGGAAGCACCUGCUAUUGUUAAGUCUGUAUAUGACAAAAGAAUAGUUGGAUGUCCUGGUGGCGAGGGAGAAGACGAGCAUGAUGUUGUUUGGUUUUGGCUAGAGAAAGGCAAACCACAUGAAUGCCCAGUCUGUUCCCAAUAUUUUAAGGUAAUGUUUUCUUCCCACAAUGCUAGUUGUUUUGUGAUCCCUCCAUCCUCUUCUCUCAUCAGUGGUCAGAAAUAUUAGCUUGGUGUUUGUCAUAGCCUCUUUAGUAAUUUCUGUUUGUCUUCUGGGUUUUAUUUGGGGAGUGGGGUAUUUGGCGUUGGGUGUUUAUUUUGAAUUCUCGUUCUAUGAAGUUUUUCAAUUCAUUUCACAGUUGGAGGUGGUUGGGCCUGGAGGAUCUCCCGAUGGCCACGGAGACAACGAUCAUCACUGAUCAAUCUGGCAAGUUUUUCAAGAAGAAAUAAAUUUUAGUUAGAUGAUGAGGGGACACUUUCGGAUACUGCGUUGCUUCGAAUACCUUCGUUUUCUCUUUGUUUUUGGCUUAUCCUCAAUUCAUAAUUUCCGAUGAUGAUUUUGGUUGGAGAUAUUUGUUUGUGGUGAGGUUGGUCAUCCAUUAUGUUAGCCUUCAUUGCAUAGUCAAAUAAUUGAUGGCUACAUUUGAUUCUUUUGUUGAAAUCAAUUUUUCCUUA